UGUUAUAAUAGUUUGUUUAGUGGGAUUGUUUGUUUAUGGAGUGUAUAGAAAUUUGAUAGCGAUGUCCAGUGAUACACAGAGAGAUUUGCUUCUCGGUAUAGAUAGUAUGAUUACCAAAUUACUCACUGCUAUUCGAUUCGAACGCAGGAUAUAUGAUAAUUCUUUUCAUGAAGUUGGAAGUUCACCUGAGAUUUCCAACGUAAAUAGCAAAGGAAAAAGAUCUCCACCAACGACGUUUUGUAAAGCCACACAAACUGUACAAACAUUUCCAGUGUCUUCGGAUAUAUGUGAUCCACCAAUUAAUUUGAGGUUAAACAAAGACUUUGUCUCAAAAUAUGCAUCAUCCGAUUUCACUUCAUCUGGACAUCGAUCAUGUGGCUCAUCGAUAGCGCAUCGUUGUGAGGAAGAUAUCAACAAUCACUUUACAAUGGUGUGUCCCUCACAUCCGAGCUUAUCAUGCUCAUGCAGUUGUAAACUAUAUCAGAAUAAGUAUUGUUCCACUCCUAAGUGCAAUAAUGUUGAUCUUAGUCGAACCGGUUAUAUAACAACUCACUCUAACCAUAUUAUAUCAGCAGAUGUUAAAGGUUCUCGCAACGAACGUCGAACGUCUUCCACAAGUGGUUGUUCCACUGCUUGCUCUUCCUGUCAAAGACAUACGUGUGGUUUCGUCACUCCAAAGUAUCCCUCUGAGUUGUUUCCUAAUAAAUCUGAUUGUUCUUGCUCUUGUCAUAUGCAUGUCUUAUCAAAACUCUCUUAAUGUUAUCUCAUAAAAUGCAUUUGUACAGAAAAACUAUGUAUUUUGUAAAUUUGAGCUGUUUUAUUCUUCCCUAACCUUGUUACC